GUUUGAUAGGCUGGUUGAGAGGGGGAACUGCAGCAGGGUAGCACCGCUGUCAGGAAACUGAAGCCCACUACGAAUGCAACUCGCAUGACCGGCUGAACGAGGACGGUUACCUGUGUGAUUUACCAUGACAACUGAAUCAGGCGCAGACUCGGAGGCCAAGCAGGCGCAGGAGAACAAGGCAGCAGCCGAACACACCUCGCCUCAGAACCAGCCGGAGCAGCUUCCCGCCGCCGCCGGACACAGCACCCCGGCCAGGAAAGAACAGGAGCAGCAGGAGGAGGACCUGGUAUCCCACAGGUCAUCUACCAGUCGUCUGUCCAGGUCUCCUUUGAGAGGAGUGAAGAAGGUGAAGAUCAUGCAGUGUAAAGUCACCCUGCUGGACGGCUCCGAAUACACACUCAACGUGGAGAAACGAGCCAAGGGCCAAGUGCUCUUUGAUAAAAUAUGCGAACACCUCAAUCUACUGGAGAGGGACUACUUUGGCAUCACACACAGAGAUGCAGAGAACCAGAAGAAUUGGCUGGACCCUUCCAAGGAGCUGAAGAAGCAGAUCAGGACUGGUCCCUGGAACUUUGCUUUCAAUGUCAAGUUUUACCCUCCAGACCCCUCCCAGCUCACUGAGGAUAUCACAAGGUACUACUUGUGUCUGCAGCUGAGAGAUGAUGUGGUUUCAGGCCGUCUGCCCUGUUCCUUUGCCACCCACACAGUGCUGGGCUCCUACACAGUGCAGUCUGAACUGGGAGACUACGACCCGGAGGAAUUAGGCAGUGACUACAUCAGCGAACUGCGCUUCGCACCCAACCAGACCAAAGAGCUAGAGGAAAAGGUCAUGGAACUCCACAAGACCUACAAGGGGAUGACACCAGCCGAAGCAGAGAUUCACUUCCUGGAAAAUGCCAAGAAGCUGUCCAUGUACGGUGUGGACCUGCACCACGCUAAGGACUCUGAGGGCGUGGAGAUCAUGUUGGGAGUUUGUGCAAGUGGCCUGCUCAUCUACAGAGACAGGUUGCGGAUCAACCGGUUCGCUUGGCCCAAAAUUCUUAAGAUCUCCUACAAGAGGAACAACUUCUACAUCAAAAUCCGGCCCGGCGAGUUUGAGCAGUUUGAAAGCACAAUUGGUUUCAAGCUUCCAAACCAUCGCGCUGCCAAAAGGCUCUGGAAGGUCUGUGUCGAGCACCAUACCUUCUUCAGGCUCGUAUCCCCUGAGGCACCCCCAAAGAAGUUCCUGAGCCUCGGCUCCAAAUUUCGCUACAGCGGCAGAACGCAGGCUCAGACCCGCAGGGCCAGCUCUCAGAUCAUCAGACCUGCUCCACUCUUCGAACGGUCCUCCAGCAAGCGCUACAACAUGUCCCGCAGCUUAGAUGGAGCACCCAUUAUGGAGAACCAUGAGACUCUCAUGAAGGACAGCGGCGCUGACGGGGUAGCCAAAGUCAUCGCCAAGGGAGACAUUAUCACCACGGUAACAACAGAGAAGAAGGCAGAGGAAGAGAAGGCUGAGCAGGAGGAUGCGCAGACGGACGCUGUAGAGACGCCCGAUCCCGCUGUCACAACACCACUCAGACAAGACGCAAAGUGCUCCCCUAGUGUGUACACAACCGACCCCCUGCGCUCUGAGCUCUCACUCCCCUCAUCUCCUGUUUCAUUAACUAAAGUACGGCGGAGGCGCAGGGAGAAUACGCGUAAACGGGCGUCGUCAGUCAGUCCAGCCAAGAGCAGUGUUGGGUGCCGUCGGCGGCAAGCCCUCGCCGACCGCAAAGCCGCCCUGCUGGACGAGCAGGUGUUGCUGCUCUCAGCCCGCAAGCAGAGGCUGGAGCAGGGCAAGAGUUGCGGCGGCACCCUCUUCUCCUUCUCCCUGCACCUGCCUGACCUGUCCUCCUUCCUGGAUGACGACGGCUACAUCACCUUCCCCGAUCUGUCAGAGAUGCGCUUCCUCCCUGAGUGCGCGCAGAACUUCCUGCCCAUUAAGUCACCUUCACUUAUCCCCUGCUUCCUCUUCAUCUUCUUUUUCCUGCUCUCCACCUCCUUCUCCGUCCCCUACGCCCUCACCCUCUCCUUCCCCCUGGCGCUGUGCCUCUGCUACCUGGAGCCCAAGGCAGCCUCCCUGACCGCCUCCCUAGCCCAGGGCUACCAUGACCAUGACAGUUCAGAGGAAGAGGAGACUGACAGCGAACAAACUGACUUUGCCUUUGAUGGAGAGAUGACUGCCACAGAGUCGGAGGCAGAUGAGGACUCUGAGAUGCGGACUCAGUAUAGUUUCAUAAGACGAGUAAAAGGGGAAAACGUUUUUAUCAGGCAUAGUAAUCUGAUGCUAGAGGAUGCCUCACCUCAGGCAGAGGUGGUCAAGCACCAGACCAACAUCAGCGAACUGAAGCGCUCCUUCCUGGAGACAGGCGACCACACGCCGGGCCUGACAGAAUGGGAGAAGAGACUCUCCUCGUCCCCUGCGCGCUCACCCAGAGCGGAUGAAGCACCAAUGAUAGUGCCACUGGAGCCGCAGGAUACCGACGACGAGGAGCCUGUGGGACAAGAGACGAAAGAGGCGGCGCAGCCUAAAGCCACCGAGGCGACAGGAUAUCUGGUGAAAUACGUGGUGGAUAGUAUCGUAACAGAUUUGGCCUCCUCCUCUGGGCCUCACGGAAUUAGUCUGUCAACCACUAUGGACGACGACGUCUUCAUGGACGGGACCCUCAGGGAGGUGGAGGAGAAAACCCCCGAUUCCCAGGAGGAUGUCUCAGAGAAGUCAGUGGUGAAGGUCAGCCCCGGAGCUGUCAGGCAGGAAGUGUCCCAGGCCAUCAGUGACAAGAAAGGGACGCUCAUUAUCUUGAAGGAGGCGGAGACUAAAGAGGACACAGAGGACAAAGAGAUGAGCACUGUGGGUGAAAAAGAAGAGCCUGUAGUCCCUGGAGAGGCCGAAGCUAAGGAGAAGGAAAAGCUGUCUGCCUCUGCAGAGAAAGAAACUAUCAAAGAAGACACUUCUGCUGUUAUAGAAGCCAAAACCACAUUAGUCAAGACGCCGAGUCCAAAGAUGGAGCUAAAAACUGGUGACGUGACUCAGAUUAAAGGUAUUGAUUCGCCUAAAAAGGCCAUGGCAUCGUGGAUUUCAGACGAGGUGAAGACAGAGGCUUUAGAGAUGAUCAGUGAGUCGACAAAGGAAGUAAAAGAGAUGACUUCUAAUGCUCUGCAGACAAAAGCAGAAAUCUUCACCUUCGGAGAGGUCCAAAAGUCAAGCCUGACUCAGAUUACAGUUUCUGAAUCUUCAACUACAUCCUUAGCAGUGUCUACGCUGGGAUGGGUUUCCUCCACUCAAAAGCGAUCAGCUGAACCAGAGGAGAAAGCGGCGGUUACCAUGGAGACGGAUGCCGCGCCAGCCGAGUCGACAGGGCUAACGAGCCUUGAUGCCACAGAGGUGGGUACCAAAGAAAUGCCUGUGAUCCACACAGAGACAAAAACAAUCACCUAUGAGUCUGCAGAGGUUGACACUAAUGGUGACGUGGACCCCGGCGUGUUGCUGAGUGCUCAGACCAUCACCUCGGAAACCACCAGCACCACUACCACCACACACAUCACUAAGACGGUGAAAGGAGGAGUAUCAGAGACGAGAAUUGAGAAAAGGAUUGUCAUCACUGGAGAUGCAGACAUUGACCACGAUGAGGCCCUGGCUCAGGCCAUAAAGGAGGCUAAAGAACAGCAUCCUGACAUGUCAGUGACCAAAGUAGUGGUACAUAAAGAGACAGAGAUCACGCCAGAGGAGGGGGAGGACUGACCCAGGAGUAACGCUGAGGGCUGUUUUCUGUUCAACCUACCAGAAUCCAACAUCUACAUAUUACUCCGGGAGUCUCAGAAGACUAGAAAGGCUCCUACUCUCCAAAUGCUGCAGCUCUCCGCUAGUCGCAACCAUCACCUGCAAAAUAAAUGAAUGCAUUUUGCAUGAGAAGGACGCAAUGUUGCAUUAUCAAACAAACGGCAAGAUUAUACUGAAAACUGUCUGAUUUUAAAAAUGGUUCUCGACCCAUCUGCACGCCGAAUCCCCGUGUGUGCAGCAAGCAAACUUUUUGCUUUCACUGCCUUAUGACAUUGAUGCAUUUUUAUGAUUGAGAGUAAUUAUUGUAGCAAACGUUUUAUUUAUGAAAUAAAGCCAUCACUCCAGAAACUUAAAUCGCUGUAGGCUUUAUAUGUUAGGGAGCAUACACUAUUUAACCUUGCUGUAGACGUGCCAACCCAGCAAGCAUUGCCUCACCCACACCAACAACCCAAUGAUUUGCUGUGAGGGAUGCCACUACAGAAAUCACUACAGCCCAGUAAUGUACAUAUCCAAGCUUUCCUAGGAGAAUAGCAAAUUAUCUUUCACAGUUGAUUUUUGUCGUGUCUAUUCCAAUUGCAUUUUCCUUUUUUAUGAUCAUUUCAGUAUUUUUCCACCAGUUUUUGUUUUGUUGGCAAAAUGCCAAGGAAUCAAGAUUUCUGUGCAAGAAAUGGAGUUUUAUGUGCCUGUGCAGGAUUUGAAUGUUUUCCAGGGUAGAUGAUCGGCUGCAACACCAGUCCCAGGGCUGUGUGACUGUGAGGCAAAGGGCUCAGACUGCCGAGCUCUUCCCAAAUUAGAUGCAAAGCCAAGAGAGAUCUGUCAGCCCACCACCACCCUGAACAUGUCAACUGUAUGCCUCCCUCAUCUGUUCAACUGUGUCUGAAUAACCUGUUCGUGUACAGCCAUGUUUUCCUCAGAAAGGUGAAAUAAAACUGGCAAAUGCAUUUGUUUUAAUUGGCGGUUUUCUUUUAAAAAAUAAAAUGUUGUCCAAAGCACUGAAA